AUGAGGUUUGAUCUACUGAUAAUGAUAAGGUUGAUGAUGCUGUUAGGAUUGAUCGAGUGUGCAACCAGUGGACUUGACAAGGUGGGCGGCAAGCAUGGCUGGGACCAAAAUGUUAACUAUACUGAUUGGGCUUCUCAUCAACAUUUUUACCUUGGUGAUUGGCUUUAUUUUGUGUUUGACAAGCACUAUUACAACGUACUGGAGGUGAACCAGACGAACUAUGAGCAGUGUAUUGAUCGCGAUUUUAUAUCAAACAUUACAAGGGGUGGGAGAGAUGUUUUUCAUCUAACUCAGGCAAGACCUUAUUACUUUAUCAGCAGUGGAGGAUACUGCUUCCAUGGAAUGAAAUUAGCUAUAAAUGUUGAAGAACCUUUGCCAGCUUCUCCUGCACCUUCUUCAUCAGAUAAAACUAAUGCUUCUCCACCCCAAAUGAUCAAACAUUUGAUUACACCAGUUUUCGCGAUUAGCAGUACUCUUGUGUGGACAUUCUUGUUUGCUCAAGCUACGUUGUCAUGA